CAAAAAGACACCACCGCGCGGGAUUCGGUUUCUUCUCGAUUUCUCUUUCUCUCUCGGUUUCUCUCUCGAAUUCGCGUUCGAUCGGAGGAGAUGAAGAGGGUUUUUGGUGCGAAGAAGAACAAGGAUCCACCUCCCACCAUCCAGGAUGCCACCGAUCGAAUAGGUAAAAGAGGUGAUACCGUUGAUGAAAAGAUCAAAAAGCUUGAUAAUGAGCUUGCUAGAUAUAGGGAGCAGAUUAAGAAGGCACGGCCGGGUCCUGCUCAAGAAGCACUGAAGGCUCGAGCAAUGAGAGUUUUGAAGCAAAAACGGAUGUAUGAAGGACAACGAGACAUGUUGUAUAAUCAAACCUUUAACCUUGACCAAGUAGCUUUCGCUGCAGAAGGAAUAAAAGAUGCUCAACAAACUAUGUCUGCAUUGAAGUCAGCAAAUAAGGAACUAAAAGGAAUGAUGAAAACUGUGAAGAUUCAAGACAUAGAUAGCAUGCAAGAUGAAAUGAUGGAUUUGAUGGAUGUGAGCACUGAGAUUCAGGAAUCUCUUGGUAGAAGUUAUAAUGUUCCUGAUGACAUUGAUGAAGAUGAACUUAUGGGUGAGCUUGAUGCUUUGGAGGCAGACAUGGGAGCGGAAACUGAAUCUGAUUCAGUGCCUUCCUAUCUCCAACCAGAUAAGGAACCAGAUUUAGAUUCAGAACUCAGUUUGCCUACAGCACCGGUCGGACAUUCUGCAGUUCCACCCAACCGACAAUCUGCACAGGCGGAAGAUGAAUUCGGUUUACCGGCUGUACCUAGGGCUUCUAUACGUGGUUAGUCAGCAAGCUAUCGAUCAGUAUCAAAUUCAUUUCUCAUUGUGUGACUGUAUAUUUUAGAAAGCCGAAGAUAAUUCGGUUCUGUAGUUUGAUAACAAUACGAGCAUCCUUUUGUUCCUUUCCAUAUUACCUGAAAUUUGUUGGAUGUUUUAUGAUGAACUCUAGUGUUUUUGUUUUGGUAUUAUUAUGAACCAGCAAAAAUUGAUCUUGCUAGCUUUGGUGGAA